AUGGGAUAUGUGAAUCACACUUUCAGCAGUGACUUCAUCCUCUUGGGACUAUUCUCUUCUUCCCACACAAGUCUGAUCUUCUUUUCCUUUACAUUUCUGAUUUUUAUUACAACUAUAACAGAAAAUACAGUCUUGCUCCUACUUAUCCACAAAGACAUACAUCUCCAUACUCCUAUGUAUUUCCUGCUCAGCCAUCUCUCUUUCAUGGAUAUCUUACAUAUUUCCAACAUUGUUCCCAAAAUGAUCAGUGACUUUCUGUCAGGCAGGAAAAUGAUCUCAUUUGCUGGCUGUGGCUUCCAGAUAUUUCUGUCCCUCACUCUCCUGGGUGGUGAGUGCCUCCUCCUGGCAGCCAUGUCCUACGACCGCUAUGCAGCCAUCUGUCACCCACUGCGUUAUCCGAUUCUUAUGAAUGAGCAUGUCAGUGUUCUCAUGGCUGGAGGGUCCUGGCUCGUUGGGACCAUCAACUCCACAGUUCACACAGCUUAUGUACUCCACUUCCCCUUCUGUGGUUCUAGAGCCAUUGAUCACUUUUUCUGUGAAAUACCAGCCAUGUUGAAGUUGUCCUGCAUAGACACAUCACACUAUGAACAAGGAGCUUAUGUAAGUGGUAUCAUCUUCCUGCUGAUCCCUUUCUCCUUGAUAUCAGCUUCUUAUGUCCAAGUUCUCCACACUGUCUUACAAAUGAAAUCAUCAGAGGCAAGGAAAAAGUCAUUUUCUACCUGUUCCUUCCACAUGAUUGUGGUCAUAAUGUACUAUGGGCCAUUUAUUUUCACGUAUAUGAGACCUAAAUACUACCACACUCCAGGUCAGGAUAAAUUCUUGGCGAUAUUCUAUACCAUCCUCACACCCACAAUCAACCCUCUAAUCUACAGCUUUAGGAAUAAAGAUAUUUUACUGGCAAUGAAAAAUAUGCUUAAAUAUAAUUUUCUACAUAAAAAGUAA